AUGAAUCUCAAACUGAGAGAAUUCGACUAUGCGAUUGUUCCGGAAUCAUUUGCGCACAACCGCUGGAUCGCUGGAGGUGCUGCGCUAGUUCUCGGUUACGAUGUAUCUCAUCCAGCGAAGCAGACUAGGGAAGAGAUAUUGAACCGUAUUCCCCCUCAAAAAUCAAGCGUAGUUGGAUUUUCCUUCAAAGGCUCCACGCAUUUCGAAUAUUUCAUAGGAGACUAUCACUUCCAGAACCCUAGUAGAGAAAAGGUGGAGAGCGCUGUGCUGAAUGCCCGAAAUGAAGUGGAUGCUGAGUCUGUAUUGCCAACAUCGAGGGGGAUGACCAAGCGGAAUUGUAAUUACCAGAGAUGGUGUAUCCGAGGGACAGUACCGAAUGGUAAUAUUUCGACGAGUUUUUCUUGUGAAAGUGGAAUGGUUUCGAUCGUCCAGCUUGUUGAAGAAGAACUGGGUGCCAUCAAAGAAGCAGUGAAGAGUUCGGCCUGUUACAUGGUAAAGACUCGUGGAUGUCACUUUUCACAGUCAUAAUC